CCAAGCGCAUGCCCAGUUGUCUGUGUAUCUUCCAAAGGAAGAUGAGCAUAUGGAAGUUGACACUGCUACAUCUGCUAAUCAAGCUCCAGUAAAACAUUUACUGCCAGAACUUGAGAUUUACUGCUACUUGCUCGUACUACUUUUUCUGAUUGAUCAGAAAAAGUACAAUGAGGCUAAAGCUUGUUCAUCAGCAAGUAUUGUUCGGCUUAAAAAUGUAAACAGAAGAACUGUUGAUGUUAUAGCAUCUAGACUGUACUUUUAUUACUCAUAUAGCUAUGAGCUCGCGGGUGAUCUAGCUGAAAUUCGGGGCAAUCUGCUUGCCUUGCAUCGCAUUGCUACAUUGCGUCGUGAUGAGCUGGGUCAGGAAACACUUCUGAACUUGUUACUUCGUAAUUACCUCCACUACAACCUAUAUGAUCAGGCAGAGAAGCUAAGGUCUAAGGCACCACGAUUUGAAGCACACUCAAACCAGCAGUUUUGUCGAUAUCUCUUCUACCUUGGGAAGAUUCGAACAAUUCAGUUGGAGUAUACCGAUGCAAAAGAGUCUCUCCUGCAGGCUGCUCGGAAAGCCCCAGUUGCGGCUAAAGGUUUUCGAAUUCAAUGUAACAAGUGGGCUGUGUUAGUCCGUCUACUGCUGGGAGAAGUACCUGAAAGGACAGUCUUUAUGCAGAAAGGAAUGGAGAAGGCUUUGAAGCCAUACUUUGAGCUUACAAAUGCUGUUCGGAUUGGUGACCUUGAGCUGUUUAGGAAUGUUGCUGAGAAGUUUGCUGCCACUUUCAGCGCAGACGGAACACAAAAUUUGAUUGUUCGGUUGCGGCAUAAUGUCAUCAGGACCGGUUUGCGUAACAUCAGCAUCUCUUACUUCCGCAUCUCACUUGCUGAUGUUGCUGAAAAAUUGAGGUUGAAAUCUCAAAACCCUGUCGCGGAUGCUGAGAGCCUCCUAGCCAAGGCUAUUUCUGAUGGGGCAGUUGAUGCCACCUUGGAUCACACAAAUGGGUGGAUGGUAUCAAAGGAAACUGGUGAUAUUUACUCCACAAAUGAGCCUCAAAUUGCUUUCAACUCCCGGAUUGCUUUCUGUCUUAACAUGCACAAUGAAGCAGUUAGGGCCUUGCAGUUUCCGCCCAACACACACAAGGAGGAGGGAAGUGCUGAAAAGAGGAGAGAGAGGCAGCAACAGGAACAAGAACUUGCCAAGCAUAUUGCUGAAGAAGAUGAUGAUGAUUUUUAACUGUGGGGUUUUUUUGUUGUUGUGGAAAGAGCCCUAUUUGUUAUGAAGCUAUCAUUUGCUAGGUAGCAUGUGAUCGAAUAUGGCCUUGUCAUGUGCACGAUGUAUGACUUAUUUCAUUAUGCUUAAAAUUUUUGAAUCUUUCUUUUGAAGCUAUCUUUCCUUCUUUA